AUGGAUUUGGAGGGAAAGUUUUCCACCCUGAACAAGUAUAAAAUCAAACUCAACCCGAAGAAAUGUGUCUUUGGGGUGAGCUCGGGAAAGUUCUUGGGUUUUUUGAUCAGCGAGAGAGGGAUAGAUUCCAAUCAAGAAAAGGCCAAAGCAGUCCUCAGCCUGCCUGAGCCUAAGUGCAUCAAGGAUAUCAUGCGGUUGACAGGCAGAAUGGCCGCGCUGACCAGGUUCAUCAGUAAGUCCGCGGAUAAGGCCCUACCGUUCUAUCAGCUAUUGAAAGGGAACAGAGAAUUUAAGUGGGGGGGGGGGGGGGCUAAAGAGAAAGAAGCCUAUGAGGGUAUUAAGGAGUAUCUGACUAAGCUCCCAACAAUGAUCAGCCCGGAUCUGAGGGAAAAGUUGCAGCUGUACAUCUCUGCGUCAAUACAGACAAUCGCAGCCGUUUUGCUGGUAAAAAGACAGAAGCAACAAAGGCCAAUAUACUUCGUGAGCCACGUGCUGACCGAGGCAGAGCAAAGGUACCCAUUGGUAGAGAAGCUAGCCUUUGCAGUGGUCACAACAGUAAGGAAACUAAUGCCAUAUUUUGACGCGCAUGUAAUAGAAGUCCUCACAAACCACCCGCCGGAGAAAGCAUUACAAAAAAUGGAUGCAUCGGGUAGACUCUUAAAUUGGGCAAUUGAGCUUUCUGAGUAUAAAUUCGAGGUCAAACCUAGAGCAUUCAUCAAGGCACAAGCUUUAGCAGACUUCAUAGUGGAAACUUCCUACGAGGAGAAAAAAGAUGAUAUUGGGGUCUGGAAGGUAGAAGUGGAUGGGUUCUCGGCCCAAACGAGGAGUGGAGCAGGAGUCAUAAUGACAUCUCCAAAAGGAAACGUAUUCGAGUAUGCCAUAAAGUUCAAGUUCAAAGCAUCGAAUAAUGAAGCUGAGUACGAAGCGGCGCUGGCAGGACUGCGUAUGAGCCUCGCAGUCGGAGCCCGCAAAGUACACCUGCAAACUGAUUCUCAGCUCGUUGCCAGCAAAAUGAAGGGGUCGUAUGAGAUAAGGGAGGCCACCAUGCUGAAGUACGUAACCAAGGUAAAGGAACUGGCAGCCCAGCUAGUCCACUUCCAGAUACACUUGGUCCUCAAAGCAGGAAACUCUCAGGCCGACGCCUUGUCCAAGUUAGCCAGCUCCACCUUACAAAGCCUCACAAGGACAGUGAUGGUUGAAUUCCUAGAAGAAAGCAGCAUUGCCGAAAAAGAGCAGGUAAACUGCAUUGGAAGGCAGAGAGCCUGGUUCUUAGACAUCUUGGCGUACAAAGUCCACGGCUCACUGCCUGAUGAUGAAGUGCAGGCUAAGAAGGUGAAGAAAGACGCCAACUGGUAUGUAGUGAUGAACGGGGAACUAAAAAAAAAAGGCUUCUCAAAACCACUGCUGAGGUGUAUUCCAGAGUGGGAGCAGGAGGGCAUUAUGGAAGAAGCCCACUCCGGAAUAUGCGCCAACCACAUUGGUGGAAAAGCAUUGGGAGUAGAGUUGCUUAGAAGGGGGGCAUAUUGGCCAACUCUCACACAAGACGCACUAGCAUAUGUGAAAAAAUGCGACAAGUGUCAAAAGUAUUCACUUGUCAUAAAUCAGCCAGCAAACGAUCUAACUCCAAUCCUCAGCCCGAUCUCAUUUGCUCAGUGCGGAAUGGACAUAUUGGGACCUUUCACCACUGGGUCAGCGGACAGGAAGUAUCUCAUUGUGGCGAUAGAUUACUUUACAAAGUGGAUAGAAGCCGAACCCACAAAGUACAUAAAGGCAGCGCAAAGCAAUGGUCAAGUAGAAGCAUCAAACAAGCUGAUCCUGACAGCCUUGCAGAAGAAGCUGGAGGAGUACAAAGGCCUGUUGGCAGACCUAGUCCUAGAGGUCUUGUGGGCAAACAAGACCACUAAGAAGGAGUCAACCGGUAAGAGCCCCUUCACCCUGACCUACGGGGCUUACACAGUUGUCCUAGUUGAAGUACAAAUCCCCAACCUGAGGAUACAACACUAUGAACAGCAAGGAAAUGAAAAGCGUAUGCUGGUAGAGCUAGACUUCCUGCCAGAAGUAAAGCUGAAAGCAUCUCUCAAGUUAGAAGCCUAG